GCCGUGGUGAGGAUGAAGGAGACCGGGCAGGUUUACGCCAUGAAGAUCAUGAACAAGUGGGACCUGCUGAGACGGGGCCAGGUGUCGUGUUUCCGGGAGGAGCGGGAGGUCCUGGCGCGCGGCGAUCGCCGUUGGAUCACGCGGCUCCAUUUCGCCUUCCAGGACCCGCAGUGCCUGUACCUGGUGAUGGAUUACUAUGUCGGGGGUGACCUCCUGACCCUGCUCAGCAAAUUUGGGGAGCGGCUGCCGCUGGCGAUGGCGCGAUUCUACCUGGCCGAGCUGGUGAUGGCCAUCGACUCCGUGCACCGGCUGGGCUACGUGCACAGGGACAUCAAACCCGACAACAUCCUGCUGGACCGCUGGGGACACGUCCGGCUUGGGGACUUCGGGUCCUGCCUGCGCCUGGGGCCUGAUGGCACCGUGCGCUCGGCGGUGGCAGUUGGCACCCCCGAUUACCUGUCCCCCGAGAUGCUGCUGGCGGUCGAGGACCCCUCGCGCUCCUACGGCCCCGAGUGUGACUGGUGGGCUCUGGGGGUCCUCGGCUACGAAAUGUUCCUGGGCCGGACCCCGUUCUUCGCCGACACCGUCCUGGAGACCUACGCCAAGAUCCUGCACUUCCAGGACCACCUCCACCUGCCGGACGGUGACGAUGAUGACGAUGAGGAGGAGGAGGAGGAGGAGGAGGAAGGCCCGGAGGGGGGAGGGGAGCAGCCCCGGCCGCCGCGGGGGGUGCCGGGGGCGGCGCGCGCGCUCCUGCGGGGGCUGCUGUGCCCGGCGGGGGCGCGCCUGGGCCGCGGGGGCGCGCGCGACUUCCGGAGCCUCCCCCUGUUCCGGGGCAUCCGCUGGGGGGCGCUGCGGAGCUGCCCCGCCCCCUUCGCCCCCAGCGCCAGCGGCAGCGCCGACACCUCCAACUUCGAUGUGCUGGAGGAUGGGCUCAGCCGGCAGGGACCCCCCCCCGGCCAAGGGGACCCCCCCGGGGACCCCCCCCCCGGGCACGGAGCCCCCCCGGGCACCGCCGGACCCGGUUCGGGAGGAUCCCGGGGGUCGGUGCCGGGUUCGGGAGGAUCCCGGGAAUCCCGGGGUUCAGCGCCCGGUUCGGAGAUCCCGAAUCCCGGGAAUUCGGUUCGGGAGGAUCCCGGGAAUUCCGAGGGUCGGUGCCCGGUUCGGAGACCCCGAAUCCUGGGAAUCCCCGGUUCGGGAGGAUCCCGGGAAUCCCGGGGGUCGGUGCCGGGUUCGGGAGGAUCCCGGGGGUUCCGGGAGGGGUCGGUGCCCGGUUCGGGAGGAUCCCGGGGGUCGGUGCCCGGUUCGGGAGGAUCCCGGGGUUCUCAGUUCCCGGUUCCGGGGAUCCUCAGGCAGACGCGAUUCCCGCAGGUGGCGGUCCCGGCGGUCCCGGUGUCGGUCCCGGUGUCGGUGUCGCCGGUCCCGGUCGCUGUCCCGGUGUCGGUCCCGGAGCCGGUCCCGGUGUCGGUGCCGGUGUCGGUCCCGGUGCCGGUGUCGGUACCGGAGCUCCGGGAGGCGCUGGCCCAGGAGCGGCGCGGGCGGGAGGAGCUGGAGCGGGAGCUCGGGAAGCUCCGGGCGGCGGGACAGGGACUGGCCCGGCGCCUGCAGGAGGCCGAGAGCCGCAAUCUGGAACUGGAAGAGAAACUGAGGCGGCUCCAGAGUGACCCCCCCGGGCCCGGCCCCCCCGCGCCGCAAGGCAAGGAC